AUGAGAAUUCAAGUGAAGGAUGGACCUUCUCAAGUGGUGAAUGAGCCCUUAUGUCUUGAUGAUAAGAGAUUUGAUGAAGAUGUCUUUGAUGGGAGUUGCUUGAGCUCACUUUUUGAAGAACCUUUGAAGAUAAAUUUAGAAGUGAAAGCACCUAAAGUCACAAAGGAUAAGCCCAAGGAGGACAAAACCACAAACUUGUUCUUGUAUCCUACGCAAUUUAUUGAUGGUGGCAUAGAGUGCAAAGUCAAAAGUACAAGCGGUUCUAAGCCUUUCUCUAAGGCGAAAGUGAUCUUAACUCCCGGCUUAGACGAGAAGGAGCUAGCUUUUAUCAAAGAGACAAUGGCAAGAGUUUUAAGGAUUGAGAUCACCGAUUGGGGACCAUGCUCCAAAGAUGGCUUCAUAAACCGCGAAAAGCAUACUUCUCCAUAUCUUUGA